AUGAGUAAACUUAAGGCUACAUUCAACUGGGUUAAAGACAAGAUUAAGGCCAAAGAUAUCUUCAACCAUAAAAUAUGCCUCACUCAUAAUGGAAGUGAUAGGUAUAGCUCGUUUGUAGGUGGAUGCACUUUUAUUGUGGUCGUUGCGUUUUUGAUGGUCUAUGGAGGACUCUUGUUCGUGUCUAUGUUCAGGAGAAGAGAGAUUACAGCGAAUGUUAAUGUUUUUAAGGGUGAUCUUAAAGAUAAUGGAGCAUUUGGAUAUACCUCAACAGCAGGUUCUCUUGCAGAAGGAAUUAAAUUGACUGAUGGGCCUUAUAUCGCUGUUAAUUUUACGCCUUCUAUGUCUACUCAUUUAUUUGGAAGUGAUGGGUCAGAUUUAGUGCCUGCUUCAGAAGCAUUCAAUGUCUGGGCAUUUUAUGAAGAUCUUGAUGCAGAUACACAAGAAUCUUAUAAUUAUAACGCUACUAUCUUACAUUUUGAGACCUGUAAUGAAGAUAAUUUCCCGAAUUUAUCUAAGCUAGGUGAAACCAUCAAUCAAUUCAAAUGUCUGAACCUGAAAGGACUCGAACUGCAAGGAGAUAUUUUGAAUGGAAAGAGAAAAGCUAUCAGGUUUCAAGUAGAUAUUAACGCAAAUAAGAAUGGAGUUAAUAUAGAUAUCAGAGAUUAUGAAACUUUGAAUAAAUAUAUGUAUGGAGCUCAGCUUAUGGUAAUAAUUGACAACAAAUUCUUUGAUUUUCAAAAUAUUGAGGAGCCAGUCCAAAACUAUUUUCAAUAUGAGACAUUUGUAGUCCCAGAUGCAUAUCACAAACUAAGUGUUAGUCUUAAGGUUAGAAAGAAUACAUUUACAAAAAGAGAUGGGUUCUUUCCUUGGUCAGCCGAAGAAGAAGGAGAGUUUCAUUCAAUUGAAAAGACUUCGGAUAUUAUUUUUUCUAAUGCAGCUCCUCCUCCUCUUGAUUGGUAUAUAGAGACUACUCCGAUAAUUUCAGGGGCUAUUUCUCUGGAUUAUGAGCAGACCUUUUAUGAGAGAAGAGUUACUGACCUAUUAGAAGUGACAGGCCAACUCGGAGGUAUCUUCGAACUUUAUGAAAUCAUUGGAGGAUUUAUCAUUGGCUGGUUGUCCUCUAGAGCUCUUAAUGAUGAGAUUUAUGUAAAUCUCGAAAAAGCUGAAAAAGUCUACAAAAAUCAAGUCAAAAUAUUAGAAGAACUUGAAAGGAAAGCACAAGAAGAGCAGAGUAGUAGCGAGCAAGAGUCCAGAGAUAGUAAUAGUGAUGAAGAUAGUAGUUCGGAAGAUGAAAAACAGUUAGAAGGAGGUAGAGAAAGUCAGAAUCAUCAAGUCAAAGGAUCUAACAAAUAUAAAGAUGAUGGUAUCAUCGAAGUUAGGUCACCUGGGUCUGAAUAUAAUUAGACUUUUGGACACGUACAACUACGAGCUUGAUAGUACAAAUCUAACUUUUUCGAUUCGAGAGCUUAAAAAUAAAAUGGAAUAUUUGCUCUCAAAAGAUGUUGAUUACCAAGAAGCUAUAAAGAACAAAAACCCCAACAUCAUCAACCUAAACUCCUUCCCAGAACCCUCCAAACCCCCUAAACCUCCCCAAGAAGCCUCCUCUCUCUUCCCCACUCCCUCCUCUUCUCUCCCCCACCCAUCAUCCUCCACUCUAAACCUGCUCAAUCGCUACAAGUCUUCACUCAGAUCUCCAGAGAGGCAUGCACAGAAUAAGGCUCAGAAGGAUAGGAUGAGAAGGACAGAGGUUUAUAAGGAGGAGGAGAUAAAAUCUCAUAUAAAGUCAAAAUACAAAGCUCAAGAAGAAAAUAAGCUCUAAUUCAUACUACAAAAAAUUGAC